CCCCGCCGCGGCGGAGCACGAGCGAAGCCAUCUGGAACCCACAGCUGCCCACAUCAUAGCCCCCACCACUGCCCUUGGCCUGUGCCCGUGCCCUGCGCUGAUUCUCUGCCAAGGAAAGGACCAUGCAGCUGGAGAUCAAGGUGGCUUUGAACUUUAUCAUCUCCUACUUGUACAACAAGCUGCCCCGGCGCCGGGCAGACCUGUUUGGAGAAGAGCUAGAGAGGCUUUUGAAACAGAAAUAUGAAGGCCACUGGUACCCCGAAAAGCCACUGAAGGGCUCUGGCUUCCGCUGUGUCCACAUUGGGGAGAUGGUAGACCCGGUGGUGGAGCUGGCUGCCAAGCGGAGUGGCCUGGCAGUGGAGGACGUGAGGGCCAACGUGCCUGAGGAACUGAGUGUCUGGAUUGACCCUUUCGAGGUGUCCUACCAGAUCGGGGAGAAGGGAGCUGUGAAAGUCCUGUACCUGGAUGGCAGCGAGGGCUGUGGUGCCCCGGAGCUAGACAAGGAGAUCAAGAGCAGCUUCAACCCUGAUGCCCAGGUGUUCGUGCCCAUCGGCAGUCGGGACAGCUCCCUGGCCAGCUCCCCAUCACCGUCCUUCGGCCAGUCACCUAGCCCUACCUUCAUCCCCCGCUCCGCCCAGCCUAUCACCUUCACCACCGCCUCUUUUGCUGCCACCAAAUUUGGCUCCACCAAGAUGAAGAAGGGUGGCGGGGCCAGUGGGGGGGCAAGUGGCCAACAGCCAGCACAGCAGCAGCCUCGCGUGGCCCGCUCGCCCACCAGCAGCCUGCUGAAGCACAAGGGCCUCUCUUUAUCUAUGCAUUCAUUGAACUUCAUCACGGCCAGCCCGGCGCCCCAGUCCCAGCUCUCGCCCAAUGCCAAGGAGUUCGUGUACAGUGGCAGUGGCUCACCCAGCCUCUUUUUUGAUGGGGCUGAUGGCCAGGGCAGUGGCACCCCAGCCCCCUUUGGGGGCAGUGGUGCUGGCACCUGCACCAGCAACAGCUUUGAUGUGGCCCAGGUAUUCGGAGGUGGCACCAACAGCCUCUUUCUGGAGAAGACACCCUUCGUGGAAGGCCUCAGCUACAAUUUGAACACCAUGCAGUAUCCCAGCCAGCCCUUCCAGCCUGUCGUGCUGGCCAACUGACCAUCCACCCACCCACGGGGCCAGGGGCACUCAAGACCACAGAAAAGAGAAAGCAAAGGAAAGGCCAAAAAAAGAGGAAAAGAAAAAUACACAAAAAGAUUUCCAAUCUUCUCACUCUCACUUGUAGAGAAAAGAUCCAGCCCAGGCAUGGAGUGGAAGGGGGCUCCCGAAGCACCUAGUGGUGUUUAGCCCAAGCCCCUGCUAUUUUCCUGCCUGCCUCUGAUUUAUUUGAUUGGUUUGGGUUUUAUAUUUUUUUCUUUUUUCUUUUUUUUUACAUGUAGUUUUCUAUAUAACAUCUUUAAUUAGUGGCUUCCUGUGCUAAGAACGGUCCAGAUGUGAACUGCUGCUCCCCGCCUCCCUCCUUCACACACCCUGUCUAGGAUUAGUGUGUCCGAGCUCACAGGGAAGGAAGAGCCGCAACUGGGGCCUGCCUCUCUCUGCAAGAGGGAGAGGCUGGCCUGUGUCACUGCCUCGUCACCCAACCACCCUCUUACUCAAAGCCAUCCAACCUCAGCAGGCCUUCUCAGGCUCUGCCACCCAAUAGGUCUGACCCCAGCCCCACCCCUCAGGCCUGCUGCUUGACACCCCACCGCUAGAGCUUAUGUCUGUGACUCCAGGGAGAUUAGCACUUUGUCUAGCUCAGUUCCUUUCAUCUCUGCCUGUGGCCCUGCCCGCCACCAUUCCCUCCCAGCCUCACCUCAGAGACCCAGCCCUGAUACUGUUGAUAGUUGAUAACGUGGCCUCUUUUUCUCGUGCAGCCCCUUGUACCCUGGGCCCCAAGGUUGUGGAUGGGGAGGUGGAGUGUGUGUGCGUGUGGUUUGCUGUCCUGUUUUGAAGGGUUCCAAGCCAUGUGGAGCUUCCCCUGGGUGUCUCUGGUGGCUGCAAGUGCUUAUUUAUGUGUGGGCAGGCAGGGUCUCAGUCUCGGUCCUUUUCAGAGCAGAGCACAUGGUGGGUGACACUGCGGCUGAGCCUAAGACCUUUCCAGGGGAAGGCAGUGCAGAAGGAACAGGUUCCAGACUGCAAGGGCACCUGCACUUUUGUUUGGUUUUGACCAAAAAGAAAAAAGCUCAGAAGGGCAGAGGGAGUACCCAAGCCAGUACUGCCUAAGAGAGGUCUUUGGAUUUCACCCUCCUAUUGUGACCUUAACCCAGAACGGGAGCUGCUCGCCUGAGCACCCAGGGCAGGUGGGUGCAGAGACGGAGCUGGAGUCAGUGCCGGCAGUGGGCGGUCCAGGUGGGUGGGGAGACGGAGUUGGAGUCAGUGCCGGCAGUGGGCAGCCCUGAGCUGUGAACUGAGACUGGUCUUUGGUUGUAGAUGCUAAUUUAACACAUUGCGCCCUUGCCCAGUUGAGAGCCUCCUGGUACCUCUUGCCAUCACCUCACUGCCCUGACCCCACCCUACUGGACCUGGAUGCUGUGAGGGGUGGUCUCCAGUCCAGUCAGGCUGGACAGGCCCUCAGCCCCCACAUCUGUGUUUGGAUUAGGAAAGAGCACUCGCUCCCCUGCUUCUGCCAGAAGUGGCUUCUCCAACCCUAGAGGGUCCACUUCCAUGCCACAGUGCUCUAAAGGGGGGUGCUGAGCACCAAAGCCCCCGGCACCCCACUCCAUCCUCCCCAGGGAUCCUACAUUGGCACUUGCUGUGGCAGUGGGUCCAGCCCAGACACUGCCAGCCUCAUCCCUGCAGCGGGCACCAGCUCUACCUCCCCCAGUGGGUCAACGUCCUGGCUUCUCAGCCCAGCACCAUCUGUCCCCCUCUACUUCUCAGGGGCCAGCCCAAUCUGGGCCACCCUCCCCUCUGCCUCAGCUCCCACACUGGUGACGGGCCCAGGCAGGUAGCUUCUCUCUGGGAACAGUUGGAUGCUGCCUUACCCCACUUCUAGCCCUCCUCCCGCACUCGCACGCCACGCAGGCGCCCACCCACCCACGUCCAGGUCGGCUUGUUUCUCACCACAUACAGGGAGAGGGAGAGACCAGCCCUUUCGUGUCUUUUGAAAUAUGUGCUGGGCUCUGCCCAGUUCAGUCUGUCUCGUCUCAAAUCUAGGCAUUUUUGCUUCAAUUUUAUUUUUUUUAAGAAAACAAAGCAAAAAUCUGCACUAAUUUACCUGGUUUCGUAGGAAAACUUUUUUUUUUAUUUUUUACAUUUUUUGGUGUCCGUUUGUAUUGAAUAAUUUGCUACAUUUGUAAAGUGUAAGAGGUAUAUAUAAUAUAUGUAUAUUUCUAACGUAAAAAAACGUAAUUUUUUUCUUUUCAAGAUUUUUUCUUAAAAAGAGGAAAGAAAGAUAUUUUUUCAGGAAAAACAAACUUUAAAAUAAAAAAGAAAAUAAAACCUCCCCCCCCUUCCCCAUCCUGUAUCUAUCCCUCUUUCCCAGGAGCAAAUCAAAAGGUGGAUUAUCUUGUAAAGAAUGUAAACUGUUAAUCCAGAACAUGUCUUUUUCUCAAUGCAGUGAGCUGUAGACUCUAGUUUUCUCCCCAGGGAUGGGAAGGGGGGGCAUUGAGGCAGACGUGAAAAGGAGCGGGGGGAGCAGGGUUAUGAACUUUUUUCUUUAGUGAAGGAGGAAUACAAUCAAGCAUUUUGUAUUCAGAAUGUUGUGCAAUAUUUUGGAAUGGGACAUUGGUGUGUUUAGAGAUUUAGUUUAAAAACAAAACAAAAAGAUUGAUCAAAUCUGUACAGUUUAUAUUGUUCCAGAUUUUUUUAAGUUUGUAUUAAAAGCAUGAUAUAUAAUAGCC